AUGGUCUCUGAUAGAGUUAAAAGAGUGAUGGUCAAUGUAGAGCUUUUGAGAAAUCAUGGUGUCCCUGAAACUAAUAUUCGUAAGGGUUUAGCCACCAAACCAAGAGCAUAUACGGUCAAUGGAUUUAAAGAGAAUCUAGAAAAGAUUAAAGAAAUGGGUUUUAAUCAUUUACAAAUCACAUUUGUUAUGGCUGUGCAAGUAUUGGGGUCAAUGACCCAAGUCAAUUGGAGGAAAAAAAUGGAUGUUUACAAGAGAUGGGGUUGGUCUGAUGUUCAAGUUCAAAGUCCUAUAUGUAUGAGUACCUCUGGAAAGAAGAUUAUGGCGAUUAUGAAUUUCCUUGUGAAUGAAAUGGAGUAUGAUUCAUCAGUUGUUGCUCAACACCCAAUAGUUUUUCUCUAUAGCUUGAAGGAGAGGAUUAUCCCAAGGUUUUCUGUUAUCAGGGUUUUAGUCUUAAGGGGUUUGAUUAAAGAAAACAUUUGUCUAAGUACACUUGCUAACUUGGUAGAUGAAUCUUUUUUGGACAAAUUUGUGAAAAAAUAUGAGCUACAGGUUCCUGGACUAAUGAAGGUAUUCGAAGGUCAGUUGAAUUACCAAGAGCUACUACAGAACUCAAGCAGUUGUUGA